AUGCUGGAGAACAGCAAUGUUGUUCGGGGAUCCAGCACCGAACACAGCCUGUGUAUUCUCGAACAGAAAUGGGCGUCUGUUUACAGCAAGGUCCAGGAGCGCAAGGUAAAGCUUACAGAAGGCUUGAGUCUGGCCAAGGAGUUCCACAGUAACAUCCAAGAACUACUUACCAAGAUGGCCAAGUGCGAGGAGUCCAUUGGGCUUCUUCCUCCUGCCAGUUUUGUCCUGGAUACAGUCUGUGCUCAGCUACAGGAUCACAAGACACUGGUGAAUGAGGUGAACUGUUAUGGUGAAAAGAAGACCACGGUGGAGAAUGCAGGCUCCAGACUGACAGAACUGAGCAGGAAGGAAGACUGCGAUGUGAUUCAGAACCUAAUCAUGACUGUUCAGGACCGCUACAAAAAGCUACAACAACGCACUGCAGAGAGAGGCAGGAUACUGGAAGAGGUCAAAAAGAAUGCCAGACAGUUCAAUGAGUCUUGGCGCCUGCUGCUGGACUGGAUGACUGAGGUUGAACAAACUUUAGACACGCAUAAAGAGAUCGCUGUGUCCUAUGACGAAAUCAAACAGCAACUGACUGAACAGAAGGAGUUCCAGAAACUCCUGAGGUCAAAGAGGCCCAUGUACGAUGCCACACUGAAGAGUGGUCGCAGCCUUCAUGAGAGGGCGCAAACCAACCAAGACAGACAGCACCUGGAAAACCUGCUGGCUGAGCUCAAAGAUGCCUGGGACACCAUCAGUGGGAAGUCUUUGGAGAGGCAACAUAAACUAGAGGAGGCACUGCUGUUUUCAGGCAGAUUCACCGAUGCUCUCCAGGCACUGAAUGACUGGCUAUAUAGAGCAGAGCCUCAACUAGCUGAAGACGUUCCUGUUGGUGGGGACAAAGACAUGGUCAGCAAUCUCAUAGAGAAACACAAGGCUUUCCAAAAGGAGCUGGGGAAGCGAGCUGGGUGCAUUAGGACACUGAAGCGCUCUGUUAGGGAUCUGACCAGGAGCAGCACAGCUGAUGCCCACUGGCUGCAGGAGCAGAUGGAUGAACUGGAGAGUCGCUGGGAGGCUGUGUGUAAAUUGUCGGUCACCAAGCAGGACAGGCUGGAGGCUGCACUUCAGCAGGCUGAAAAGUUUGAUGGUCUUGUCCACACUUUCAUGGAGCGCCUGACGGAGGCAGAGCGGGUACUGAAAUACGGGGUCAUACCUGAGGAGGAGGAAGGCUUGCUUGCCUUCCGCAGACAGCAUCAGGAGUCAAUGAGUGCUCUGCAGGCCCAGGAGAUGGAACUGGAGAACAUCAGGUGUCUGGGUGAGGAGAUCCUAUCCUCCUGUCACCCAGACUCCAUAAUCACCCUCAAAUCUUGGAUCAGUGUCACCAAGACCCGUUAUGAGGAGGUUCAGACUUGGGCUUUGCAGCAGGGCCAGAAGAUCCAGUCCGGUGUGGCAGCACUGGAGGCAGAGAAAGAGGAAGUCCAGAGGCUUCUGGACUGGAUCGCCUCAGCAGAGGAGGCCCUCAACCUCAGGGAACAAGAGCCGCUGCCUGAGACCAUUGCUCAGAAUCAGGAACUGAUUGAGCAGCACAUGGUAUUCAUGGAGGAGCUGAACAAAAAGGUGCCAGAGGUGGAACAUGCUACGAAAUCCUGCAAACACAAAAGCAUCUCUAAACAGCAAGCUUCUCCCAGCAAAAGGCCCCUCACAAAAAGAAGGAGCACUCAGAAGAUCCAGCCUGCUGCACACGUCCCCCUGGAGCACCUUGACCCCCAGACCCCACAGCUCAGUCAGCUGGUCAGCCACUGGCAGAAACUUUGGCUCCUGACUGCGGCGAGACAAAACCGUCUGGAGCAACACCAGCAAGCACUCAAAGAGAUGGAAGAAUUUGCAAACUUCGACUUCAACGUUUGGCGAAAGCGCUAUAUACAGUGGAUUAGCCAUUUGAAGUCUCGGAUCCUAGACGUUUUCCGCAGCAUCGACCGGGACCAGGACGGGCGCAUCAGCCACAAGGAGUUCAUUGACAGUGUCCUUGCUUCUAAAUUUCCCACAAACUCUCUGGAGAUGAAUGCAGUGGCAAACAUCUUUGACAUGAACGGCGACGGCUUCAUUGACUACUAUGAGUUUGUGAGUGCGCUACACCCUAGCAGAGAUCCAUACAGGAGAACUCUGGAUGCAGACCAAAUCAAUGAAGAGGUGAGUCGACAGGUAUCCCAGUGUAACUGCCCCAAGAGAUUCCAGGUGGAGCAAAUAAGUGCCAACAGAUACAGGGUGAGUGAUUUUCGUUCUCAGACAGCUAUUCAGAAAAUGUUUCCGUAA